AUGGCAGGCAGCAGCCAGCGGGCGCCAUCCAAGGCUGGUGGCGGCGGUGGCGGCGGCGAGCGGCAGGACGACCGCGGCACCGCCCUCAGCCAAGAGAUGGCUCAGCACCUGCGCCACGACCCGCCUGAUGGCAUGGACGGGUGCGGAUAUGUGCCUGUGGGGGCGCUGGUGCGCAAGAUGGAGCAGGAGACCAGCGAGGAGGAGAUCAAGGCGAUUGCGGAGGCAGACGACAAGGGGCGCUACCAGCUGGGAGAGGAGGGCGAUGGCAAGCUGCGAGUGCGGGCGGUGCAGGGGCACUCAGUGCCCCUCAAGAACCCGCCGCAUUACCCGAUCAGGUCAGCUGAGGAGUUGCCGCUGGCGCUGCACGCCACCAGCCCCGAAAACUGGGAAAAGAUUCAGGAAAGCGGAGAGCUGCAGCGCAUGAGCCGCACACACAUCCACUUUGCGUCUGAGCCCAAGCACCUGCGCAACGAUGACUGGGUGGACCUGCGCGGCGCCAUCCAGGCGGGCAUCCCCUUCUGCCGCGCCGCCAACAACGUGGUGCUCAGCGAGGGCCCCAUCCCGCUCCAGUUUGUGCGCCGCAUCCGGCUGCGCGACCUGCCAGAGGAGUGGCAGAGGGCGAUUCCCAACCGUGACAGUCUGAUGGAGAAGGAGGAAGAGGAGGCGCAGACGGGCGGCUUCGGGAGGCGGCAGUAG